AACGGAUUCAGGGAGACUCUAGUAGAGCGGAGAAGUUGGAAAGUUUGUCGGAGUUGUUUCUAUGCACAGUGCCGUGCCGCCUCCUCCGUACACACAGCACCUAGGAGCGGAUAGUAUUGGCCUCGCACCCCGGGGGCCCCUGUGAUAUCAGCCUGUACCAUGUAUACCGCCGGCCUGGCCCCGUUCUAUGCCGCCUCUCACUUCAACCUGUGGUCUGCCUAUUGCUCGGGGGGCUUCCCUCCUCCGGACCCCGCUAAGAAACCUUCCUUCUGCAUCGCUGACAUCCUCCAUGUGGGGGACCCAGACAGCCCCCCGGGAUCCUCCCACAUGGGGGUCCUACACCCGGCUCACUACCAGACAACAGGGGGCUCCCCCCUCAGACCCACCCCAGUCACCCCAGACUCUGGAUUCAGGAUCUCCCCUCUGUCCCCUUACCAACCAACCCACCACCACCACCACCGGGGGGGCCCCAAUUUUAGGGGGCCACAUGGGGGCACCCAGCCCACCCCCUCCAGCAAGGAUCUCAAGUUCGGGAUUGAUCGGAUCUUGUCCACAGAAUUUGACCCCAAAGUGAAGGAAGGCAACACCUUGAGAGAUCUGACCUCAUUGAUCAGCUCAGGCCGCCAGUCAGGAGUCCACACUGCCCCCCACAUGCAGUCAACAGCCAGCCAAUUCUUCGCCUCUCUAGAGCCCCUCAGUGAUACCUCGACUAUCCUGGGGCAACUAAACAGCAACCAGAGGAACUCAAUGCAGCAGCACUUCCAGGACACCUUCCCAGGCCCAUACGCAGUCCUCACCAAGGAUACAAUGCCCCAGACGUACAAGAGGAAGAGGUCAUGGUCCAGGGCUGUCUUCUCCAAUCUCCAAAGGAAGGGGCUGGAGAAAAGGUUUGAAGUGCAAAAAUACGUCACCAAGCCGGACAGGAAGCAGUUGGCAGCCAUGUUGGGGCUCACCGAUGCCCAGGUCAAAGUCUGGUUUCAGAACAGGCGCAUGAAAUGGAGACACUCCAAAGAGGCACAAGCACAGAAGGACAAAGAGAAGGAAGAGUCAGAAAAGACUGAGGUCCCAUGCUCCGCAGAGGGGGACUUGGACAGAAGCAGCAGCCCAUACAGGACAGAGGGGGACAGUGACAGCAGUGACUCUGAAUUGCUGGACUUGAUGGCCAGUGACAGUGAACGGACUGAAGUCACCACUGAGCCCCAACAAACCAGCGUCAUUAAAUUGUCCCAAGCCACUGACCUCUCCACACCACAAGUCACCCCUUGUUCAGAGCCCCCCAUAUCACAGAGCCCCCCUCUGCAUUAAUCGAGAGGACCCUGGAUGACGGACUGGUGUGCUGGAUAUUGGUCGUCCUCCUCUCUGGAUACUUCAUUUAGGACACACUGUGAAAAUAUUCUCUGGGCGGAUUGUCUUGGACGAUUGUACCACUGGGAACAUUUAGAGGAGAGUGUACAACUGGGCAAAGUGUCGCAAAAAUCCUCUCCUUAAAGGGCCACUAAACAUAAAUCACAAGUUGGUUCAUUUAAAAGAGUUUUAAUAACAUUUGCUGACAAACGUGCAAUUAUCAGGCUAUGAAGAGGACAAAUCACAGAACUAUUUAAAGCUGAACUCCAGGGAAAUAUAAAGGACACAAAUUAAUGUAGCUCUAAUUUAUCAUUAAAUAUUCUUUAUUUUUCUUUA